CGGGGAGAUGCGGCUCGUGGCGCUGGCUGCGGCCGUGCUGCUGGCGCGGGCUCCGGCUCCGGCCCCGGAGGUGUGUGGGGCCCUCAAUGUCACCGUGUCCCCAGGGCCUGUGGUUGACUACCUGGAGGGGGAGAAUGCCACUCUUCUUUGCCAUGUCUCCCAGAAGAGACGGAAGGACAGCUUGCUGGCUGUGCGCUGGUUCUUCGCAAGCCCCAACUCCCAGGAGGCCUUGAUGGUUAAGAUGACCAAGCUCCGGGUGGUGCAGUAUUAUGGGAAUUACAGCCGCAGUGCCUUCCGACAGAGGCUGUGCCUCCUCGAGGAGAGGCAGGGAGCACUCUACACACUCUCUGUUUUGACCCUCCAGCCAACAGAUCAAGGGCAUUACGUCUGUAAAGUCCAGGAAAUCAGCAAGUACAGGAAUAAGUGGACUGCCUGGUCCAAUGGAUCAUCAGCGACGGAAAUGAGAGUGAUUUCCCUGAAAGCUUCUGAAGAUUCAUCCUUUGAGAAAAAGAAAGAGACCUGGGCACUUUUUGAAGAUCUCUACAUAUACGCCGUGCUCGUGUGCUGUGUUGGGAUUCUCAGUGUCCUCCUCUUCACCCUGACCAUCAUCUGGCAGUCUGUGUUUAGCAAGAGGAAAUCCAGAGCAAGACAUUAUUUGGUGAAAUGUCCUCAGAACAGCUCAGGGGAGACUGUUACCAGUGUGACCAGCUUGGCCCCACUGGAACCCAAGAAGGGCAAGAGGCAGAAGGAGAAGGCUGAUGUCCCUCCUGCAGUCCCUGCCAAAGCUCCUGUGGCUGCCACAUUCCAUAAACCGAAGCUGCUGAAACCACAAAGAAAAGUCACCCUGCCAAAGAUUGCUGAGGAGAACCUGACCUAUGCUGAGCUGGAGCUGGUCAAACCCCGGGCUGCCAAAGGCCUCCCCACCAGCACCGUCUAUGCCCAGAUCCUCUUUGAGGAGAACAAGAUGUAACAUGGCAUCCUCUUCCGUGGUCAUCUUCUGUCAUCCUCUUCCAUGGUCCUAUUUAUACCUGCCAUCCCAGUUAUUUAUGAUACUAUGGAAACAACAUCCUUAUUUUUGUGCCUUCUGUGUGGCAGAGAGCCCCUUUCCAACAGUG